GAUGUUGCUGAAAGAAGAGACUCAGAACCUGAAUGAAAUGGAGGAGAAAGAUCAAAAUGAGGAACACCAUGAUUUCUUACCUGAUGAACCAUCCUCAGUGACCAAAACCCCUUGUGAAAGUGCUGAGAAAACCGAAUCUAACAGGUAUUUCCCUUGUCAGGAGUGUGGAAAACAUUUUAGUAAGAAAUCAAGACUUGAAGCUCACAUGAGACUUCACACUGAAGAGAACCUUAUAACAUGUGAUCUGUGUGGAAAGAGUUUCUCUAGAAAAUCAUAUUUUGACAAGCACAGGAAAACUCACACCAAAGAGAAGCCUUACUGGUGUACUGAGUGUGGAAAGAGAUUCAGUCAAAAGAACAACCUUACAGUGCACAUGAGAAUUCACACCGGAGAGAAGCCUUUUCCCUGUCAGUAUUGUGGAAAGAAAUUCCGGCAAAUGCAAAACCUUAAGGCUCACAUUCCUGUUCACACCGGAGAGAGACCUUAUAACUGCCAACCAUGUGGAAAGAGAUUUACUAAAGCAGAAAUCCUUAGAGAACACACGAAAAUUCACACUGGAAAGAACCUUUUAACAUGUGAUCAGUGUGGAAAGUGUUUCACUAGAAAAGCAAGUUUUGACAUCCACAUGAGAAUUCACACUGGAAAGAACCUUUUAACAUGUGAUCAGUGUGGAAAGAGUUUCACUAGAAAAGCAGGUUAUGAAAUCCACAUGAGAAUUCACACUAAAGAGAAGCCUUACUGGUGUACCGAGUGUGGAAAGAGAUUCAGUCAAAAGCACAACCUCGAGGUGCACAUGAGAAUUCACACUGGAGAGAAGCCGUUUCCCUGUCAGUAUUGUGGAAAGAGAUUCAGGCAAUUACAAAACCUUAAAGCUCACAUCGCUGUUCACAAAGAGAAGCAGUAUGCCUGCCAACAGUGUGGAAGGAGUUUUGCUCAAGCAGAAACCCUUAAAGUCCAUAUGAGUGUUCACACCGGAGAGAAGCCUUACUCCUGCACGCAGUGUGGUAAAAACUUUAAAUGUAAAUACAACCUUUCUUGCCACAUGAAAAUUCACACUGGAGAGAAGCCGUUUACUUGUGAUGAGUGCGGAAAAGAGUUUAGACGUAAAUUUCACCUUAAGCAACACAUGUGGCUUCACAGAAAAGAUAAGUUAUUUACAUGUGAUAAGUGUGGAAAGAAUUUUGUACGCGAAGAUUACCUUAGCGAGCACAUGAGGGUACACACAGAGAAGUCUUUUAAAUGUGAUCGAUGUGGAACGGGUUUCGCUCAUAAAAGGAACCUCAAAGUACACAUGGCCAAGCAUUCACCCAAAGAUGACCCCCAAUAACAUUCAUCUAGAUUUGCCCAUGUGAGUAUAUUUCUGCCAAUUACCCUAGCAAGAAACCUUCAACACUACUGUGUCUUUCUGUUAACCUUAUGGUUGUUUAAGUCACCUGAUUGUGUUGUUUGUUGUAUUAUGUUCUUUAUUUUGAAAUAAAUGUGUCAUUUAAGAUACACAAUUUGACCAAA